CAGCCAUAAGGGGUAUACAUACAGGUCAAAAUAAGCAGCAAAUACAGAAUGAGCUUGACUGCACAGAAGGACUUUGUCAUAUUUGUCAUCUUACUCUUUGGUUUUCAAGUCAAACGGCUGCAGAAAAAUGUUGCUGGAACAGGGAGAGGCAUGUGAGCCUUUUUGGGGUUUCAAAAGGUUCCCAUCCACCAGUGAAUAUCUGCCAAAACAAGCCCUACUACUGUGGGACCAUUGGACUUACGAGGAAUGUCCCAGAGUGGGGAGGUGAGUGAAUGGGGAGGGAAAUACGCUCAGGAGACCAUCUGUGGUCUGACAGGAACCACAGUGAUCCUCAACUGCUCCUUCUGGUACCCACAAAUGCACAACGGCCAAAUCAUAAAGGUCGAAAGGACACUGUGGUUCACGAAAGGUGCCAACGAUCAACCUGAAGAUCUGAGGAAGGACUUCAAGUACACUGAUCGUCUAGACCUAAACUGUCAAGUCAACUGGUGCACUUUGUCAAUCAGAGAGCUGAGAAAGAGCGACGAGGGCAAAUACAAGUUCAAAUUCAUAACGAACGCGACCGGAGGACAAUACACUGUCAUGUCUGGAGUCACUCUGAAAGUCACUGAUCUCAAUAUACAAAAGUCUUGGUGGUACAGAACUCCGAAUCUGAGUUGUCACAGUGAGUGUGAUUUGGACUCUCCUUCGUACAUCUGGUAUGAGAAUGGAAGAAAAAGAUUAGACUUGAACUCCAAAGAGAUCACAGCAUCAUCAAAUUACCUGAGCUACUCCUGUGCUUUAAGAGGACACGAACAGCAUUUGUCUCCUCCAGUGUGUUGGGGCCCCUCAUGUGACAAGGUGGUUUAUCUCUACAAAAGUAUCUGCGCCCUCAAAGGCUCCGAUGUGGACAUUGCUUGUACUUACGGCCACCACAAGACGGUACGGGAAAAAUCCUGGUUCCGCCCAGACAAUGGCAACACUUGGAAUGUUCCCUCAGUGUCGAGUACAUGGCAGUUGGACCAGCGUUAUUUCACUACUGACGUGGAUGGCAAACGAUCGGGUCUACUAAUCAAAAAUGUGACAGAGAGUGAUUCUGCAGAGUAUCGCUUCAAAUUCUCAGAAUGGGGAAGCGAUUUACCUGGAACAAUAUUGACAGUAACAGCUGCGCAGGUGCAGGUGAUCAAGGCCGAAAACAAAGAUUCUGACACGGUCGCUUUGCUGUCCUGUCACACAAGUUGCAGUCCUGCAUCAUAUUUGUAUUGGUGCUGGGUGAAGGAUGGACACGAAAAUGUUGGCCGUCCAACUUGGAAAAAAGAACAGAUAAUCACUUUACGUCCAGGAGAAUACAUCACCUGUGCUGUUGAAAAUUAUCCAUUAAGUGUCUCUCCUCCAUUGUAUGCUCUGGAAGCCCCCAGAGUGCUCUUGAGUAAUAAAAGUGAUAUCUUGGAGGGUGAUCUACUGACUCUUACCUGCAUAGCUGACACUCCAACAUCAUCGAGACACCGCUGGUACAAGAAAUGCAGAACGUCAGACUGUGAGGUCAUGAGAUAUGGAGAAAAGCUGGUAUUCAGCUCCAUCCAGUCUUCAGAUUCAGCUGAGUAUUUUUGUGCUGUGGAGAAUGAUCUGGGGGAGAAGAUGUCGCAAUCCGUCGUAAUUGAUGUGAAAUAUGCUCCAAGGUUCUCUAAUUUGCUGGUGAGUCCAUCAAAUGUCACCGAGGGACAGCCAGUGAAUCUUACCUGCAGCAGUGAUGCUAACCCAGCUGCUAGCUACACCUGGUACAAGGACCAAACUAUGCUUCAGGGUUCAGAAAGAAAUUACGUUUUCAAUUCCAUCCGCGCUGAAGAUGGUGGAAGCUUCUACUGCAAGGCCCACAAUAAAUAUGGAAACGUCAUCUCUUCACAGGUGGUCGUAGACAUCCAAUAUGUUCCUCGGCUACCAAGCAUCUCAGCGAGACCCUUUUCUCACGUCAGCAUGGGUUUUUCGGUCAGACUGACAUGUACCAGUGAUGCUAACCCCGCCGCUAGCUACUUUUGGUUCAAGGACAACGAGGAGUCUCCCAAUUCUAUGGGGGCUGUCUUCAACAUUAUCAACUUCCAACUACACAACGAGGGCGCAUAUCACUGUGAGGCCCGAAACGUCAGGGGAAGCCGGAGGGCCACACUGCUUCUCCGAGAAGAAAAUUUUAGGUCAUGGUUACAGGGUGCUCUCACAGUGGUAGCUGUACGUUACGCCAUAGCCGGCAUCCUGCUCAUCCUGCUUAUAGUCACCGUCCUGCUGUUCUGGAAAAAGACUACAUCAAAAGGCAGGAUGCACUUCAAAUCUCAGCCAAACACGAGUGAAGACAGCAGCAGGGAUCAACUGGAGGAGCUGAUGGUAUUCUCCGAACACUCUCCAAUCCAUUCCAACGUCACCAACAACAAAACAGACCACAAUGAGGAUGACUACGAAAAUGUGGUGGACACAGUCAUCAAAUGUGGUGGCCAAGCCUCAGGAUGAGUUCUGCAUCAUUCUUUUCACCUCUUUACAACAUCAUUUAAACGACUCUUAUUCGCCUAGGGACUAAAAUUGAUCCAGACAUCCAUGAUUGGUCCACAACACAACCCCCCAUCCAUUCUGAUUAGAGCAAAAUUAAAUACUAUACAUGCAUGAGGAAAACUGAGUUCAUAGGUCUAAAGACUCGCGCCUGAAAUUAAUCAGGAAGUUAGCAAAUUCACGUUUGAUGAAGCAAUUUUGGGCGAAUUACGAGUAACGCAUGGAAAAAUAGAAUAAAAAUUCAAACUUUAAACUUAGGCUUUUUCUUUGCUGGCUUUUUUUUUUUUUUUUUCUUGUACUCAAACGCAAUUACAGUAAAUGGCAUUUUUACUGCGCUACCAAUAUGAAUAUGUGUGUAUUACUUGAUCCAGUCAUCUACCAAAUUCUAUUCAAAUAAGAAGUAUCUUUUUGGGACAUAUAUUUUUAUGAUUUCAUGUGAUUAAAUAAAUAAAUCAUGACAAAGCCUUCUUCUUCUUCUUCCGUUGAUUUCCGGCAGACUCGAUGCCUAUUGGCACAUUGCUGCCUUACCCAAUGUGGCCAGAUCACGUAAUGACCUCUAUGUCCAUCUCAGCCCGGAGGCAACGAAAAAGUCCGCCAAAGCUCUUAUCGUUCCAUCCUGUCCCACCGCGGGACACAACAGAUCGUUCAUAGUCACAGUGCCAUGCGGCAACGGCCCUCUUUUUCCAAAAAGCUCCCGUCGCUGCUCACUAUAUAGCGGACACUCCAUCAGCACAUGUUUCACCGUUUGAUAUUGUUUGCAGUGCUCACAUUUACCAUCAGGAUGUUUACCUAUCUUGGCCAGAUCCCAAGCUAGUCCACAGUGACCCAAUCUUAGACGCGUUAACAUGACGGCAUAUUUCCUUUCUUUACCGAUAUACACCGG